ACCAUUAAAAAAUAAACUCAAAAAUAGAGAGAAAAUAUGUCAAAAGUCUUCAUCUAGUUGUAAUAUAUGAGCUUGAAAGGUCAAAUACGGCAUAAAGUGCAGCAUGAAUAUAAUAACAAUAACUCUUCCUACCUCUUAUAACAUACUAUCAACGGAUCAAUAAGGAAGAAGCAAGGCAUUCUUUAUUGUCUACAUGUUUCUUUUAAGCAGCAAGGCAUUCUUUAUUGUCUGUACAUUUCUUUUAGUAAUCCAAGCUUUUCCUAAACCUGAGAUUUGAAAACAAGACAUCAAACUUGGUAUCUCCUACAUCUUCGCUUUCUUAUCUUUAUAUACUCAAGACAACACCAACUACAUUAGACAUACAAUUAGAAACCCAGAAAGAUUCAGAAAUCAUCAACAUCAUGGAAUUGGGAGAUUCGCUCGAAUUGACUCCAACCUGGGCUGUUGCUAUUGUAGUCAUUGGCUUGAUUCUUAUAUCCCUUGGCAUUGAGCAUCUCCUCCAUCUUCUAUCCCAUUUCCUCCACAAGAGAAAGAGGAAGACCCUCAUUCAGGCACUAGAGGAUGUCGAGGCAGAACUAAGGAGUUUGGGGUUUAUGUCACUAUUGCUUACUAUAGCAAGCCAACCCAUCUCAAAGAUCUGCAUACCAAGACGCCUUGUGAAUUCCUUUCUUCCAUGCAAAAGAAGUGAUGAACCCAUUUUUGACGAGGCGAAAUCUUGCGAAGCAAAGGGCAUGGUGUCUCUUGUAUCAGAAGUUGGUGUCAACCAGUUGCAGUUGCUGAUCUUCACUUUGGCUGUGUUCCAUGUCCUCUCAUGCAUUGUAACAUUGGGAUUAGGGGAAGUCAAGAUGAAGAAAUGGAAGUACUGGGAGGAGGAGACUAGGACAAUGGAAUAUCAGUUAUCUAAUGAUCCUCGCAGGCUAACACUAAGCCGUGAAACUUCUUUCGGGCGACGACAUUUGAAGCUGUGGAGUAGCCACCAUUUACUCCUCUGGCUUGUCUGCUGUAUCAGACAGUUCACAGGUUCAGUCUCAAAAGCCGAUUAUUUUGCGCUUCGGCAUGGUUUCCUAACGGUUCAUUUUGAUACAGACAGCAACUAUGAUUUCCACAAAUUUCUCAGGAGAUCUAUAGAUCACGACUUUAAGGCGGUGGCCAGAAUAGGCAUUUGGGUCUGGACGUACGCAGUCAUGUUCAUAUUUCUUAAUGCUCAUGGAUUUCUGAACCACUAUUGGGCUCCUAUGAUACCCUUAGCGAUACUUCUUAUUGUAGGAAUGAAGCUGGAAGUUAUUAUUACCCAAAUGUGCCUAAAGGGCAGUCAAGAGGUAAUCGUCGUACCUGGGACAGUAUGUGUGAAGCCAGACAAUAACUUCUUCUGGUUUGGUCGCCCUCAGCUGCUUCAUCACUUGAUCCACUUCAUCUUAAUUCAGAAUUCCUUCCACUUAGCAUUCUUCGCAUGGUCAUGGUACACUUUUGGAUUCCACACCUGCUUCCAUAAAGAGACAGUAGAAAUUGUACUAGGCAUCGUGAUGGGAGUAAUUGUCCAGUUAUUAUGUGCUUAUGUGACACUGCCUCUUUAUACAUUGGUUACUCAGAUGGGAUCUUCAAUGAAGGAAUCGAUUUUUGCUGAUUGCGUUAUUCAAGGCCUCAGGAACUGGCGGAGGACAGCAAAGAAGAGGUUAGCAGAGAAGCAAAAAUCCUCACGUUCAUCUACAACAUCUACGCUUACUCCGACAUCAACACCGUCUACUCCAUCAAGGGAACCCUUGACCCCUCUUAACAGAGAGGAGCCUUCAACAUCUAAUAUGAGAUCACCAAAUCCGCCACCAAAAUUCAAGUAUCCAUCAGGCAGGCUUGAACUUCUAGAAGUUCAAAAAGUGGUAGAGGAAAUUAUUCAAUGUGGCACUAACAGCUCCCGUUACAAUGGCGAGGUCUCAUUUAGACUAUGGAAGAGACAAGGUUAUGAACCUUCAACAAGGGGACGAAGAUAAGCAAUGUCAACAUGAGGCCUGGUACAUGUAGUAUGUGUACAUUAUCGUGUCAGAGAUUUGUGUGGUUUGCCUGUGACGGGAACUGGGGUUUCCAGAGGUUGCUGCUGAUUGGAGAUUUAACAACUAAAUUCAGGACAUUUUGAACAUAUAUUAUAUCCUCAUCUCUGAAUAUCUUUUUUACCCUAUGUGCGCAAUAUUCAGGUUCUCCUGGAAGAUUCAUCCAUUAGAAGAAUAGUCUCUGGUGAAACUGCUGGAUGAUUAACAAUUGCAAGGAGCAUCAUAUGCUUGCAUCCAUGAUUAUUUUGUUCUCCCGUACAAUAAUUCCUCAAUAGAGAAUGAUUGACAACAAGAAUAUUUUUCGUGACCAUAACACAGAUGUAAGAAGUACAAAGUACAUCAUCAAUGGGAAUUUUCUGGUUAGAAUCUCAAGGGUCCAGGGAAGAGAUUUAAUAAAAGGAAUAUUUCAGACUUUAUGUUCUUCCAAAACAUAUGAAUUAUCAAGUAUGGAAAUAAAAUUAUAAAUGUGCUAAACCAGAAUCUAUCUCAACAUUUUACUGGCAGUUAGUAGCAUAAAUUGUUUUGAGGGACCAUUUAGUAGAUUAAUAAAUAAAAGGGAAAAAUGCUUC